CUCGCGUCGACUUCUGGGCCGGACGGACCCUUUUUCCCCUUCCCCCUCCGGCCCGCGCCUUCCCCCCCUCGUGAAUCGAAACGACGGUUGCCAAGCCCAACCGACUGGGUGCGUCAGCUUCAAACGGCAAGGGGAGCAUCUGGCAUCAUUCCCAUGUUCCUCCUCAUUUUUUACACCACCACCUCCACCACCAUCACUAUUCCCUCCUGCUGCACCCUCACUCCCUCACACGCUCAUUCCUGAUGGGCAGUUCAGGGCGAGAUGCCGCCCAGUCACUCCGCUGUGGGCAUCAAAAACCUCUUCCUCCUGUGUAGCUUGCUUGUCCCAAUCGCCGUGGGUGCUCUGCAGCAGCAGCCACACGAUCACCAUGCCCUCCGCCCUCGAGUCCCGUCGGACGACCUCUCCGAGCAUGCCGCCGCCGCCGCCGCUGCUACCCACGGCUGGGCCCAUCCCGCCGGGGACUCCCUCAACGCCGACGGCAUGAGCGCCGACCGCGCCUUUCGCAACACCCACCCCGAACACACCCCGCAAUCCCCUCCCCAUCCCCGCCGCAUUCGAUCCCACACCAACGAGCGCGCCCUUGCGACUUUGUCUCCGGCCGAGAGCAAUCCGGCCGUCCGAGCACCUCCUGCACCCUCCAGGUCAAGCACCACAGCUGGCCUCUCUUCGCGACCUCCGGCGCGGUCCCUGCAGGAUUGGCGAGUCGAGGACAUCAUCCUCCUGGCGACUGUUGAUGGCAGAAUCUCCGCCCGCUCCCGUGACAGCGGCGCCGAGAUGUGGCAGCUGGCCACCACCCCCAUGGUCGAGACCAUCUACCAUCCUCACAAUAAGAGCGUCGACGAGAGCGGCGUCGAGCUGGAAGAUCCCCUGUGGAUCGUCGAGCCCAGCCAGGACGGGAGCAUUUAUUUGUUUGCUCCCACUUCCGGCUUUGGCAUCCAGAAACUCGGCUUCACCGUCCGCCAGCUCGUCGAUCGAUCCCCGCUGGCGAGCGAGGGUCAUCCCGCUGUGGUCUACACCGCCGCGAAGCGAAGCGACCUCUACACCGUCGAUGCUGCAACUGGCGACAUUCUCAAAAUCUUCACCUCCACGGGCUCCACCGUCAGUGAUGACCAGAGAUGUAGAAAAGUGAAUCCCCUGGCAUCGCUAGAGGAAGAAGAGUGCGAGUCCAUUGGUACCCUGACCCUUGGCAGGACUGUCUACACGGUCAGGGUGCAGGAUCGCAAUACCGGGGAACAGAUCAGCACCAUUACGUAUUCCGAAUGGGUCCCCAACAAUAAUGAUGAAGACUUACGAAAUCAGUACAACACGGCUAUGGACGAAAAAUACGUAUACACUGGUCAUGAUGGCACUGUCUGGGGACGGCAAUUGGCGUCAUAUGACGGCAAACGGCUGCCUUCCCCGGAGGGAGCGCGAUACCGUCAGAAACUCACUUCGCCAGUGGCCAGAGUCUUUGACAUUGUGCGCCGCCACGAUGACUGGUCAAACGAUGCGUCGCUCGUCAUCCUACCACAGCCAAUUCUGCGUCCGCCGCAGUGGAGUCAAGACUCGCUCGACGAGUCACAAGACCUCAUCUUCGUCGACUAUAUUGAUGAUGGAAGCUGGUAUGCUCUGUCCGAGAGCAACUAUCCUACCGUUACAUCAGGCGUCGACCAAGCAGUGUGGUCUUCUGAUUAUCCCUUCGGCACUGUGCCGGAGACAUGGCCACAUCUGUCGAACAUACAACGCCAGCAAUUCGCGGGUGUUCAUUACUUGUUGCAGCAAUAUCACGCGUCACCCGGUGGCCAUCUGAUCGAUCCUCCGAACCACCCUAGUCUGGAUCCCCCACCCAUGGACCCUGGCAAACAUCUCAUAGGCGCUCCCCCCUCGGUCUGGGAUCGAUUGCCGUCGCUGCGGAACAUUCUGCUCCUCGUCAUCCUCGGCCUCGUGGCUUGCGGAGUGCUGUACCGGCAACAGUCUCUGGCGCGGGAAAAGAAGAUUCCGAUCGCGGUGGCUGCAGAGCUCAUUGAAGCGAAGGAGAUUGUUCCUGCUCAGGAACAACCAAAGGAGGAAUCCGUGCCGAUGGUGCGAGAACUGGAGCCGGCCACGGAAACCAUCUUUCCCCAUCAAGCGGAUCGCGGCAGUCAAGCAGAUGGUGGUGCGGAGGAGUCGGUGGAGCCCGGACUGGGAGACGAGGAUUUCGAGAAGAUUGAAGCGCAAGAGGCUGAAGAGGCUCCGGAGGCUGAGCAACCCAAGAAUGCAGAGGAGCCUGAGCCGAAGCCAGAGAAGAAAGCCAGAAGAGGAAAGAGGGGCGGCAAGAAGCAAAGGGAAAAGGAUCAGGUUCAAGCAGAAGCACGAGCCAAGCGAUCCGACUCACAACCUCCUACUCCUCCAGCUGCUCUACCUCCACCUCCCCCGGCAACAGAGAUCAUCAGCGUCGCCGCUUCAGAGAGCCCGCAGGUGUCUGGCCCGCUGCAGAUCAACAGCCUCCUCAUCCACACUGACAAAGUCAUUGGGCAAGGAAGCUGUGGGACAUCAGUGUUUGAAGGGGCGUUCGAGGGUCGGGAUGUCGCUGUGAAGCGCAUGUUGUCACAAUACUACGAGCUGGCAUCACAGGAAGUCUCCUUCCUGCAACAAAGCGACGACCAUCCCAACGUCAUCCGCUAUUUCUGCCAGCAAAAAGACGACCACUUUCUGUAUAUCGCCGUCGAGUUGUGCCAGGCCAGCUUGUUUGAGGUUUGGGAGGGCGAGAAGGCGAGGACGGAGGCGCGCCAAACCCAACUGCGCACGCUCAAGCAUGCAAUCCAGCAGGACAUUCCACGUGUCUUGCAGCAGCUCGCCGCUGGUCUCUACCACCUCCACAACCUCCGCAUCAUUCACCGAGACAUCAAACCGCAAAACAUCCUCGUGGCUUUCCCGAAGCGCAACCAGAACCAAGGACCGCGACUGGUCAUCUCAGACUUUGGGCUGGGUAAGAACCUGCCGGAGAAUGUGAGCACUCUCAUCGAUCCUACUGGCAAUGCGGGAACAUCGGGGUGGAAAGCCCCCGAGCUCAUCUCACAGCCAAGAGACACCGAGAGCAGGCACAGCCAGAACAAUUCGCACACCGGUGGCAGCGAGGGACCCAAUGGAGUCAUGAGCGGCGUCAAGCGAGCCGCCGACAUCUUCUCCCUCGGCUGCCUCUUCUUCUGGGUCUUGACGGACGGCAUCCACCCGUACGAGGAUGAGAACGGGUGGCAGCAGCUCCGCGAGCUCAACAUCAAGCGCGACAACAAAAAGAUGGACGUGUUGGAGCGUUGGUCGGACGCGUACGAGCCCAUGCAACUCAUCACGUCCAUGCUGGAGCACCAGCCCGAACACCGCCCCACGGCGCUGCAAGUCCUCAACCACCCCUUCUUCUGGCCUGCGGAGAAGCGCCUGCUCUUCCUGUGCGACAUGAGCGACCACUUUGAGCGGGAAGAGCGCGGCAUACCCGACGACGGCUACGCCGGCGACUCAUGGGACCUGCAUGCCCUCGAGUGCCGCGCGGCGGAAGUCAUCGGCCCCGGCGCGGACUUUUUGGCCAAACUCGAUCGCCACUUUGUCGACACGCUGGGCAAGCAGCGGAAGUACAGCGGCGGCCGGCUGCUGGAUCUCUUGCGGGCGCUGCGCAACAAGAAGCACCAUUAUGAGGAUAUGCCGGAGGACGUGAAGCGACGUGUCGGACCGUUGGCCGGGGGCUAUCUGGCUUUCUGGUGUAAUCGGUUCCCGCGCUUGUUGAUGGCAUGUUAUGAGGUGGUGCAUGAAGCGGGCUUGCAGGGAAACGAUCGGUUCAAGGGGUAUUUUGCCGUGGGCAGGACUUAGUAGACCAAUUGAAGAUAAUUCAUUUUUGACUGA